AUGUUGCACCUUUUUCCUCACUCCCUCGCAUUCCUCUCGCUCGCUCGCAGGUCAUGUUCCCCAACCUGUGAGGAGCUCCCCUUCGUCUGCCCUCCGGGCCACGGAGGGCAUCUGGGCUGGCAACCCUGUGCGCCUGCACCCGGCGCCGGCCACAACAACAACAACAACAACAAUGAAGACUUACCUGAAAUGACCUCAACUGCUGGCACCCGCCGUGCCAGGUCCGACUCACACCCAAACGACCUCACCGACAAGCUCUCCGCACGCGAGAGCAAACGGUACAAGGCGUUCGCAGACACACUCGCAAGCAACGCGCCCGGCAUCGAGCGUAAGGACCUCUACGACCUCAUCGAUGCUGGCGAAUGCAGCGGCCAGUUUGGCGCGUUUCUUGCUUUGAGUACAAAGCUUCUCGAGCGCGAGGAAGACCACAAGACCAUUCAACGUCUUGACAAGGAGCUCCGUUGCCUGCGCGAGAAGGACCGGCUCAAUGGCAAGGACGUUAAAUCUGUGAUUGGUGUGCGAACCACCGCAUGCAUGCUAUCCCCGAACCUUCCAUCUUACAAGGAUUCUAUCGUGCCGGCAAUUAUGGUUGUGUUCAAGAAAUGGCCGCAACUCGUCAAGUUGACGGAUGAAGCUUUCAAUAACCUCGAGCUCGUCGAGAUCGUUCAAGGACUUGUUAUGAAUGCGACAUCACAGAGUCGCAGCAAGAUCAAAACCAAGAUUAUCAAGUUGCUUGAGGAAUGUUGGAGUAUUGUCAAGCUAUGUAGGCAGCUCGCAGUUAAUACAGGGCUAGAAUUGGGACCAGACAACUGGCGCUGA